AUGGUGUCGCAGAGCGUAAGAAUCGUCAUCUCUUGGAGAUUGUUCGUGCCUCUUUAUUUGAGGCAUGUAUGCCUCAUCAUUUUUGGGGGAGAUGCUAUUUGUUCUACUGCUUACCUUAUUAAUAGAACACCAUCCAACACUCUUCAGUAUCAAACUCCAUUUCAGACAUUAACCAGUCUUCUCACCAUGCAAUCCACACCAAAUCUCGAACUACGUGUCUUUGGUUAUGUUGCUUAUGUUCAGGUGUAUCCACAUCAGCGUGGCAAGCUUGAUCCGUGUGCACUGCGUUAUGUCUUUGUAGGUUAUGCUCACACUCAGAAGGUCUAUAAGUGUUUCCAUCCUCCCACUCAAACUAUGCAUGUUACCGCAUAUGUGACUUUCCACGAGAGUGAGUUCUAUUACUCAUGGGGAGUUUCUGAGCAUCCUCUGCAGGAGGAGAGCUCUAUCUUUGCAGAAGAUACUCAGAUCAUCCAAAUUCAACAAAAUGUUUUAGAGCAGUCAGUUUCUGAGUAA